AACAUGGCGAACUGAGAAGGAAAGUCAAUAUUUUAGACUUCGUUCUACUUCAUUUCUAGUCCAGUUUUCAAGGAUUUCUUAUCUGCUGCAAAGUUAAUUGAUAUAUUUUCACCAUGACUGAGGUGUUUUCUGCUGGGACAGUACUGUCAGACUCAAAUUUCAAAACUAGACCCCAUUUCAGUAAUUAUUUGUACACAGAUGCAAAUGCAGGUGGCCAUGCUGUCAAUCAGAUUGAGGAGAAGCGACGCAUUAGGCACAUGAAAUUUCCAUCGUUAAGGGGGAGAUGCGAUGUCGACUCGUUUCAGGCAGAUUUGAAAAACCCUGGAUACAAACAAUGGAAUGAUAACGGUGAUUUCAGAGCUGAGGCGCCUUACAGAGAUUAUGACAAUAUCGUAGAUCCAGUGUCAGGAUUUGUAAGCGCAGGAGGGGAUGUUGACCGUAACACAGGGCAUCAAAAAAUAAAGUCACUGGUACAGUUGAAUACCACUCCACAAGCAUCAGUUCCAAAAUCGAGAGAUUCGGACAGGAAAUCUGAACGGGCUGCACCGCCAGAACUGAGGCGAUCAGAAACUUGGGAGCCUGGAGCACCUUCAAAAUGGAAUAGUAGAAAAACAUCAGACAUUUGGAUCAGAUCCCAGCUUGGUGGUUGGACAAGUGCACACGACACAAGGAAGCCACCACCAGAGGUACAAGAUAUGAGGAGAGCAAAAUCAAUGUUUGUGCAAAAGCCACCAUCGGAGCAGAGCAGGGAAGGGCGAGACCAUCUUGCCAUGCAGUAUCAGUACAGCACCUCAACACAAAAAUCAUUUGAGGAGGUACCGUGGGACGUGAUGCUUCCCCCUAAACAGUGGGCCCCAACCUCCACCCUUGAACAGAGGCCCGAUAUGAUCUCCCAGACUUACACCCUACACAGAUAUGACCCUGCAGCAAAUGAGUGGCAGAAUGCUGGAAGAUCCUGGGAUCGGUUCCAGAAGAGAAAUGCUUACUACAAAAGUGCACCCAUUGUCUUCUGCAGCCAGCCACCGAGGAAGCAGCACAUUCCAGGGUAUGGUGGAGCCGUGGGGGCAGAAAAUCUGGACGAGCUCGAUAAUGCAGACAUCAAGUUCCAGCCGUUCUCUGUGAAGCGUGUCAACAUUCCUCGAUACAGUGAUACCUCACACAAACCUAACAUCCCCGGCUACCAAGGCUGUACCCUAUACAGAGGCCAGUACGCUCCAGCCCACAGUCACCCUGCCCCACCCAACAGCCAGGCCACAACACAGCUUGUUCACAAAGAGAAGCCAGUUGACUCAGCCACCCUGGCAAGCCACAAACGGGAAUCCAAGAUGUCCAAGAUGGUGACCCUCGUUCCUCCGUGUAAUCCUUUCAACCAGAUUAACAAGCUUGAAGAAGUGAUAGCAAACAAGGUGGAUUAGUCUUGUCAUGUGUAGUGGACUACAUAUAUGUGUAUGUGUAUGUACUAUGUGUACAUCAUUUGAACAUCAGGACAUUUACGUUAGGAUGAUUGUGUCAUCACGGGGUAUUGACAUGUCUUAUCAAUAAGUGAAUGAUGAAUGAUGGUUAGUGUUCUUGAACGGAGGAUUAAAUUUAGUUAGAUUUAAUGAAAUCUUUUGUUUCAAAUAUGGUUAGUGACUUGAUGAAGGAUGAGUUCAAUAAUAUAAAUGUUUACUAGUAUGCAUAACUUUCAUAAACAUGAUAGACUGAUUCUUAUGUAGCUUGUUUAGUGUGACUUUUAUCUAUUAACAAUCGUUAACAAAUAAUGCAAUAAGCUUGUUGAUAAGACAUGUCCACUGAAUGAUUGUUUACUUCCAUUUUGUCUGUUCAUUCACUGCAGCGAGAGGGUAUAAUUGUUGUUUCGGAGAAUGUUUUCUAAGCAUAAUGUUCAGUAUUACUAUUAUAAAGUUUUUCUUUUACAAUUAUUUUACUUUGAAGAUGAUUGGUGAUGUGCAAGGCUAUGCUAGCUCAGUAUUGUAUAAAAUCAGCAUUACAUUGUGUCAGAGAGGUUUGAAUAUUUAUACAUUUUGUACAUCAAUUAAUUGAUCAAUUAUCCAAAUGAAUCUAACAGUAUUCUAAAGCAGAGAGAACAUAUUUAAAUGGAAAAUGACUGUGAUAAUAUUUUCAAAUAGCUUUAUUAAAUGAGUUCUUGCUCAAUACAUGAUCUUUAUUAAUGUAUUGUUUUAUAUUCCAUACUUAAAUUUGUUGAAUAUUUUGUAUAUGAAUGGUCUUGCUUUCAUUAAAUGUAUCCAUUUUUGUAUCUAGAAAUUCUGACCUCAGUUCAUCAUUUUUAAAUGCAUAUUUCUCAUAGAUAAUAAUAGAUAUAAAUAAUUUGAAAAAAAACAACUGAAAAUGAAAGUGAUUUACAAGGCUAUAUAAUCAAAAAUGAAAAGCAUUCAUUAAUUUUAUAAGAGUUAUUCAUGUUUGAUGGAUAUGACAUUUUUAUUACCAUAAUUCUAAUAGAAGAACAUUUUAAUGAUUGAUUUAGCAUGCAUAAUGAUAUUCAUCAGAAUUAUAUUUACAUUUCAUUAGAAGUUGAAGAAUUCUUAUCCAGUAUUACAAUAUUGUUGUUGUUUUUUCUGUUGUUUCUAUUUGUUACAAGUUUUGUUGUUUUUUCAAUAGAUAAGUUUACUUUUAUAUAGUUAUAGUUAUAAUAAAUUAAAAUUAUGUGCUUUAAAUCAUUUAAAUGUGCCUUAACGCUGUUUUCUCUUAUUCAAGUUACCACGGAUGUGACUUUCACUGCCAUAAAUAAUAGUAUAGUAUAUAAAAAAUAAGUAACGGGUAUGUAAGUUCAAAAUCAGUUUAUUACUAAGACCACAGAACCGGAUUAUUAUAUAAAGAUAAUGUAAUGUAACCAUUUUGUGUUUGCAUUCAACUAUUGUCAAAAGAAUUGUUUCCAAAAUUCCAACCUUUCUAUUGCUGUUGUGAUCUUUUCGUUAAGGUUACUUGUGUUUGCAAUAAGGUCCUUAUCUUUGCUAUGGGUUUUGUAUGGUAUUCUCCAGUCAAACAUUGAUAAAAGAAUUGUGAGACCAAGACUUUGUAUAUCAAAGAGUAAAGUUUUAUUGUUAUAAUGGAAUGUAUAUUUGCAGAGUCAUAAUAAUUAGAUUUGUGAGUGGUCUAAAAUUUUCGAUUUUGAUGUUUUAAGGAACAUGCUUUUCAAUUUUUCGCAACAAUAUUUCGAAAUGUUAAAAGCAAGAUUUUUAGACUGCCAUGAGACAUCAGGCUUUAAAUAUGUCACAUGGUGAAUAGUUUUCUUUUUUGACAGCCAACAGAGGAAAGAUAAAAGUUUUAUAUCAGUAUUACUGUUGUAAACUACUUAUAAAAUACAAAAUGACAAAAGAUAUAUAAAAAAGUAAAUCAUUCUCAUUUCUGUUGUCAACUUAUAUUGCGGUACAAAACAUAUUCCAAUUGCUUUUCUGUUAAAUUUCAGAAAGAAAAAAAUGAAAUUCUCUGAAGUCAUAAUAUUAAAACAAGUCAGAAAAAAACACAAUAAAAUUAGAAAUAACCUUUCAUUUCCUAGCAAGUUCAUUUUAAUUAUUUAUUAUGACAAACUGUGAUAAAUGUGUGAUAGGCUUUUCCAGUAUAUGUGUUGUUUGAAAGCAAAUUUUUCAUAUUCAUAUUUAAUUUACAGAACUCUCAAAAAUCAAACCAUUCAUAAAUAGUUUAUUACAAUUUGUUUGUGAGCGUUAACUACCAGUAUUAUUGUUAUCAAAUAUUUAUUUUGUUAUACGUUAUACAAAAUAUUGUGCAUCUUUACAAAUUUUAUACCCAUUUUACUGUCGAAGAGUACAUUGUAUAUCUUGCUAUUCGGUUUAGUUGUACGUUUUGAUUCAGUUUUGCUAAGAAUUUGUUUUUAAUAAAACCUGUGAUAAUAAACAUUUAUAUCUUUUAACCAGUAUGAAUAAUUUUAUCUCUUUUUUAAAUGUUGUUAUAUUUUGCCAUAUUCAUUAACGUCUAUGCAAAACUUAUUCUUUAAAUAUUCGAUUUUCCUGAAAAGGGAUGGUUAUUUUCUUGUGUAAAAAAAAUUUAACAAGGCUUUUUUUAUCAUUUGCACCUGCAUAUUGUGUGUGAAAUAUUUUCCUGCACAUGUAAAGCAUGCUGAAACUGCUCUUUUUACGUGUUCUUGUUACGUGUGUAAUGUGAAUAAACAUCAAGACAACAAA